UUGCGCAUGUCCUUGUUUUCUGGGCCUACAAUGGCAGUUAGCAGUUGAAAUUUUAUUAAAAUGGAAACUUAAUAAUUUUUCAUGGCUCAUUAUUGUACAACAGCGAAAAUUGUGAAAUCUUGAAAAGAGCUCGAAAAUGCUGCUUGAAGAACCUGUGCAGUUGGCUAUUUGGCAAGCCCUAAACAACUAUUGUUACAAAGAUGCUGUCUUUCUUUCUGAGAGACUGUAUGCUGAAGCACCAUCAGAUGAAACUCUUCACCUUUUGGCAACAUCUUACUAUCGCUGUGGCUCAGUAAAGCGUGCCCAUGCCUUGCUGCAGAAACACAGUCCAGUUAAUAUUCACUGCAAAUUCCUCAUGGCAAAAUGUUGUGAUGAAAUGAAAAGGUAUUCAGAAGUAGAGCACUUACUUGUUGGCAGUAUUGGAACACUAUUUACGUCAAAAGUAACAGAUAACAUUAUGAGUGAAUAUGGGAACCUUGCUGGUUAUGCUCUUCAGUUACUUGGUAAUGUAUACAGGAGAUCUGACCAGCUCAGUAAAGCUGCUGAGUGCUACAAAGCAAGUCUUCGUUCGAACCCGUUUUUAUGGACAUCAUUUGAGUCCCUCUGUCAGAUGGGUGAAAAGGUUGAUCCUCAAGAUUAUUUCAAAACUUCAAUUUCGUCAACGAAGCCAGGCGAUGGGAUACCAUAUCCCCCGAAAAUUUCAUACGGCCUGGCAGCAAAGCAACACGCCAUUUUGUCACAAUCGAGGUCAAACUGUCAAUAUGACGUAAUGUCAUCAGAGAACUUAGACCCGUCAUACGAAUCCUCAAUGACAUCAGCUCCAUUGAUGACGUCAACUGUUGUCUCAAAGCCCACCCAGAAUCAAUUAUCGAAAUCCUCAGUAGACAAUGACAUGGCCCAGGCUACCACUGCAACAAGUCGUGAACAAGUUAGAUCGAAAGUCGGCAGGAACUUGCUUGGGGCUGCAGCUACGAACAGUCCUUUAACCCCCAGCUUUGGAGUGCUACCUCAAGAUACUCCUCAAGCUGAGGCUCUUUCAUCGGAUUUCAUCACACCAUCGCCAACAACAAUUACAGAAAGUAGAAUUCCUUCUGCUCCUGCAAAGAAGCAUGCGCUGAAACGAGUGGAGGGACGAACAACCCGAUCCGGGUUCACAGGAAUCGCACCGGGACCGAGCAAGAUGCAGAACGUCGGUUCUUCCACGCCGACGUUGAUGACACCCUCGCCUACCACUACUUCAAUCGGAAUCAGCAACAUCGGGCUGAGAAGGAGCAGUAGACUGUUUGGAAAUGCUACUGGGACUCAUAGCUCAUCCAAGGAGCCAAAAAAACCCAGCAAGGUGCAGUUUUCUGAAUCGGCGAAAACAACAAGCAACACAAGGAGGACCAAGCAGACGAGAAGAACAAGAAUUUCAAUGCCGCAGCCCCUUACCCCAGCAACGGAGAACAUCCAACCAGGAUUAACACCCCAGAAUGAAGAGGAUGUCGAGGCCAAAGAAGGAGUGAAAAUUGAUAGAUUUUCGAUUUCACCAAUAAAAACUAGCACAGAUGGAUUGAUGCAGCUGCUGCAAGAAAUCGGCAAGGCAUACGCUGCUCUUGCUUCGUUCGAUUGUAAAAAGGCUGUUGCCUUAUUCGAGGCACUUCCUCCGCACCAGCUAAAUACUUGUUGGGUAUUGCAACAAAUAGGAACUGCGUACUUCGAAAUGACUGAUUACCAUCAGGCUGAACAAAAGUUCAGUGAGCUUCGCACUCUCGAUAAAUUUCACAUGGGUGGAAUGGACGUGUAUUCAACUUUACUCUGGUUUAUGAAGAAAGAAGGAUCGUUGUCUUCAGUCGCAUUGGACCUGGUCGAACUUGAUCGUUCUUCACCCGAAGCAUGGUGUGCGAUGGGCAACUGCUUUAGUUUACAAAAGGAGCACGACUCGGCCAUCAAGUUUCUGCAAAGAUCAAUUCAACUUGAUCCGGAUUUCACUUACGCGUACACUCUGCUCGGCCACGAGUAUGUCCUUACUGAAGAACUCGACAAGGGCAUGUCCUGCUUCCGGACCUCAAUUCGUCUUGAUAGCAGGCACUAUAAUGCGUGGUACGGCAUCGCAAUGAUCUGCUACAAACAGGAGAAUUACCACAUAGCAGAGAAGCAUUUCUUGAGAUCGCUUCAGAUAAACCCAAAGCAUUCGGUUCUUCUAUGUCAUUUAGCUGUGACUCAGCAUGCGAUGAAAAAGCCCCAUCAAGCUUUGAAAACUGUGAAUAAGGCACUGCAUUUUAUGCCAAAGAACGCACUUUGCAAAUACCACAAAGCCUCAUUUCUUUACACCCUUGACCGAUACGAGGAAGCUCUUGGUGAAUUAGAAGAACUGAGGAAGAUUGUUCCUAGAGAAGCGUUAGUGUAUUUCUUGUUUGGAAAGAUUUAUAGGAAGCUGGGUCAAGUACAUCUAGCUCAAAUGAACUUUUCAUGGGCCAUGAGCUUAGACCCGCAGGGUGCUAACAGCAUGAUAAAAGAGGCAAGGUAUAUUCAAGAAGAGGACGAUGAUUUCAAUCCUCCUCCCUUUACCCUUGAUGACACCCAAACGUCAAUGGAUCAAGAUGAAGACAUGUCGGAACUUGAUGCUCAUGAAGAAACAGAACUUAAUGAUAGUAGUAAUAGCAAUAGUUUUGUAUAGAUAAUGACAAUUGUAGAUUAAAAUAACUCGUUUACUUUAAGUGAAUUGCUCCCAAAUGCAAGCAAUAAUCGAUAGAUCUGUGUACUCCUUCAAAUUGCCUGAGCAUUAAUUUAUCAGCAGAAUCGCAAAAAUACAAACUGUUAAACUGCUCAGCGAUUUUAAACAUAAUUUUGCCAUUCCUUGUUAUUAGUGUGUACUAUUUUUUUUCUAAACAAGUGAAUACUAAUUUAAUUUUGGGUUAAAUAAGCUGACGUAUGUUUCCACAACUUUCUGUACAUGCUCCGUUUCAUAAUAACUCAAAUGCUGAUUUUGUUUUUAUUAUUUUAAAACUUGGGUUUUGUCUUUUUCAUCAUAUGAGAAGUCUUGAAAGGAAUGUAUUUUAAGUUUUGUUGCAGUUUAUUUGAAUAAACCAAACGAUUCCUCGUGUUUUAAACAGCUGUAGUAAAGUUAUGUAUACUUGCUGCAUCUGAAGUUAAUGGUGGCGACAUUAUUAAAUCAACAGCCCCCAAAUUUGUUAAAUCAAGCCUUGAAUGUUGAUGACGGAAUAUUUCGUUACAUGUAGCAAAAAUUGCACUUGACAAUGAAACUUAAAUUCAGAUAUUCAAGUUGCUUUCAUUCUCUAAUUGGCUUCGAUAAGAUGAUCCUUAUAAUUAACUCACAUCACCUUUUCUAGCGGCAAUCAAGUCUUUCCAUUGAUUUCGAAUAAGAUUUGGGUUAGCGAUAGUAAAUCUGUCAUCUGUCUAUCAUAUCUACAUUUGAAUACAUUUUUGCUUAAUUUCCGUUUAACCUUCUGUCGUUGUCAUGUUGUUUUGCUUUGUUCAAUAAUUGUAGCAUACAUCUUUCACAAAUGAAUCUUCAUUUGUCAGAGACGAACAUGUUUCUCGUAA